AUGUUGGAUGGACUUUUAGCCAAAGAAAAGAAUAAGAAGCUAUUAGAAAAACGCUCUUUUGAGAACCUGGUGAUUUGUAAUUCUCUGGCCUUAUCGAAUCUUCCCAUAAAGGGCGAGUGUAUAUUGGAUUUAUCAAAGGAUGGUGAAUAUGUUCUUGCUUCGAACAAAUCAACUAUUUGCCUCGCUCACACACUAUCGCACCUGUACAAUCCACUUCUCCGUCAUAAACACGACCCAAAAAGUUGCUGCUGUGACUCUUAUUUGAUCAAGUACACGCCCCCGAGGUCCAACGUUGUGAAGAAAACCUUGAAAUAUAAGACCAGGUGCACGUCCUCGCUCUGGUACUCCAAUGACAACUCCAUAUUUUUGACUGGUGGAGACAGCUCUAUAGACGUUUGGGACAGCUCCAUACCAGAAGUUGCGUACUCGUUUUCAAACCUGCCGAGUUUAGUCAAGUAUUUGGCCGUCGCAAACUCAAGUUCCGUAAGUCCUACCAUAGCGGGUGGCCUUUCGUGCGGAACCAUAUCCCUGUGUGACACGCGAUACGGAAGCUCGACUAAUUUCUGCAAGCCUGGGUUUUCAGCCUCAGUCUCCGUGAUGAAGUUCUUAAAGCACAAUGACAAUCAACUUAUCGCCGGGUAUGAAAACUCUUCAGUUUUAGUGUGGGACUUGAGACGGUUCAACACGCCCCUGUGCUCAAUUUCAAACAUAGUUCCUGCAAAGACAAAUUCUAUCAUUUGGGGGUGCUCUUUCAACUCAGAGUCAUUGUUAUCACUAACUUGUAGGACCUCUGGCCUCAAAUCUGAUUAG